AUGAUGGCAUUCGCUUCGCCUCGCCUUGUUUUCGUUGUUCUUUUCGCUAUCAAUUGUGUUAUAUGGUCUUCUGGUCGCUAUGGUCAGAUACCACGGGCCAGCCUGCUGCAUGGGGACCAAAGUCUCGCGAAGCGCAUCUCCGUCGAGCUAUUCAAUCCAGUAGCUUCAUUGGAGGAAGACGAUGACUUGAGUCAAUGUCGACCCAUCGCAUUCCCAGUAACUCAACAAUGCCCUCAUGUUCUUCAUAGUUGCUCUCUUCCGCCAACCUUCCUCUCCAUUCCAUACCUUCCGCACUACUACUGCACUGACUUGGCCUUACGACCGCUGGUAUUCUCUGGCUUGAUCAUUUGGCUGGUCUUCCUUUUCUCGACUCUCGGCAUUACUGCAUCGGACUUUUUUACGCCCAAUCUUGCAACGAUUGCGCAGCUGCUUGGGCUCGACGAGAAUGUGGCGGGCGUAACUUUCCUUGCCUUUGGCAACGGAAGUCCUGAUGUCUUCUCCACAUUCAGCGCCAUGCGUGCGAACUCUGGGAGCUUAGCAAUUGGCGAACUGCUAGGUGCGGCGAGCUUUAUUGUCUCGUGUGUUGUGGGUUCAAUGUGCAUCAUUAAACCUUUCCAGCUCCAUAAAGCCACAUCCUUCAUCCGCGAUGUUGGCUUCAUGUUCACUGCCGUUGCCUUGCUGCUCGGUAUCUUAUGGGAUGGGAGAAUACGCUUCUGGGAGGCCAGUCUAAUGAUUGCACUCUAUGUCGUUUAUGUCGCCACGGUAGUCGUUGGCUCUUGGUGGGAGCGCAGGGAAGAGCGGAAACGUGCUUAUGAAGCUAUGGUCCGCUCAGAAUAUGACGACUCGUACCAAUCGCCGGCAAUUCCUUUCCCAGAGCCCUACAGGGACUAUCCAUCCUCGCCGGAAUCCAUGCUACCGACAACCUCACUGAUAACGCCGACUCUGUCUCGUGCUAGGGCCAUAUCAGCGCCAGGAGCACCUCCCCGAUUACAAACAGACCUCCCACGUCGUCCACAUUCCCGCUCGCCAUCCCCAACACCAUCAUUUGGCGCGAUGCCAUCGUUUUCUUUGGUCGGCGCGCUGGAAUUCCGCCAAGUCGUUGCUUCAUUACAACACGAGGCUGCAGGAAACUCUUUGAGCAUCUUUGACAGUCCUUACACACCCUACGCCGGUGGUCACUACAACAGUUCGCUCCACCGCUCACGGUCACGAACAUUGAGCAGAGAAAUAAACCCUUGGGAUGCUACGCUUGGUCUCCCACUUGAUGAACGCACAAGACCUCGACUUGUGAUUACCCCGGCAUUGACCGAGGCCUCUGAAGAGUUUAUGGAUGGGACAACUGCUACACGGAGCUCUGCGCCAUCAGUUUCACAAACAUUAUCUGACGGGGAUCCCGAGUCACAACACUUGCAGCCGUUAUCGCGCGGCCAACGGCUCCUCGCUAUCGUUGCAGAGGCUUAUCACAUCCUCUUCCCUUCCCUGCAUCAUUUUGGCAGCAAGACGGUCCUAGCUCAGAUCGCUUCGGUGUUUGCUGCUCCGGCUGUCUUCCUUCUAACGCUCACUCUCCCUGUGGUUGUGACUCCAUACCAGUCCACCCAUCAUGCUCGAGAAAAGACGCCACGAGAAGAACCCAGUCUCAUUGACUUUGAGGAGGAAGGCAUUGAGCGGGUCUUAAUCGCCGAAGAGGAAGUUCAAGAGGAGCUACAUGGCAUUGCCUACAAUAAAUGGCUGAUGGCGGCACAAUGCAUAUGCGGACCGCUAUUCUGUGCCGCAGUGUUAUUUGGAGGCAACAAGCACCAACCUCUGGCGCUCGUUUGUGCCGCAAUGAUUGGCUUUACCGCUUCAGUGCUGGUUGUUGUGUUCGGAAGUGAGGGUCAGGAGCUGACGUUUCGCACGGCUCGCUGCUCUCUGGGGUUCUUCGUUGCCAUUGUGUGGAUAAUGGCAAUAGCCGACGAGGUCGUCCAGGUGCUACAGACUUUUGGCUUCAUUUUUGGUCUGUCUGAUGCUAUCAUUGGACUGACUAUCUUUGCUAUGGGCAAUUCUCUUGCUGAUCUCGUCGCCAACAUGAGUGUCGCGGUGUUUGCCCCAAUCAUGGGUUUCUCAGCCUGUUUCGGCGGACCCAUGCUAAAUAUUUUGCUUGGUGUGGGCAUCUCUGGCCUCUACAUCACUCGACAGACGUCGGAGCCAUAUGAGCUGCACUUUGGCAAGACCCUACUUGUCAGUAACGUUGGACUCCUCGUUCUGUUGGCCGCAACGUUCAUCGUUGUCCCGCUGAAUGGCUACCACCUCACUCGAACCUGGGGCAUCGUACUCAUUGCAUCGUAUCUGACUAUCCUUACCAUUAACAUCGUAGUUGAGAUCUACAGUUAA